AUGGAAAACAAUAAUAACAAUAUAUCAUCCUUAGUAAAAUCUAUUAAUUAAACUAAUCGACGAUCCCUCAAAAUUUCAGUAGUACAUCCAAAUGAUGAUGCGCUUAUAAAUAUAGAUGAUGAAGAAAAAUUUUUGUAUGAGAAGAGAUAAUGGGAAAUUACUAACUAAUAAGUUUCCUUAGAAAAAAUUUAAAAAGAAUAUAUGGAAAGGUAUAAGGGGGAAUGGAAUUGGGAUGUUUUUAUAGAGUUUUUCUUAUAUCAUUAGGUAAUCUUAAUUUUUAGGAAUUUAGAUUUUCUUCACAAUAUUGGGACCAUUCAUGGUUAUUUUAUUUAGUGUAUGGCCAGGUAUGAUAUUGAUGAAGAACAUGAAAUUUUAUGGUAAUUCAAUGGCUUUUUAUACAUAAAUUCUUUUAUGGUGUGGAUCAGUUUUAGGAGGUUUGGGAUACUUUUUAUGGGAUGAAAGUAUAAUCACUCUUACAGAAAUUUUAUUCCUUUGGUAUGCAUUAACUAUAAGAAGUGUUGUAAUUGCAGCUAAAUAUGCAACUUUUAGUAAAAGUGUAAUAAAUUUAUACAAGAAUGUUGUACUACCAGAUGAUGUAUUUUAAUUUGAUUUAAUGAUGAAUGAUUGGAGAGAAUAAUCUCCUAAGAUUCUUUUUUUGGAACCUUAUCGUGCUCUAUAACGUUAUUAAUUUGAGAUUUCAUUGUUUAAAAUGGAUUUUAUAGUGUAGCCUCAUUAAGAAACAAAGGUUGCCAUCGAUAAAGUUGAUAUUAGUUAUUUUAAAGAUAUAGGAAUCACUUUAGAUAAUGAUGAAUAUUCAGGUUUUAAACUUUUUGGAUACUUAGUAAAUCAUUAUUAAAAUUAAAAUUCAGCAAAUACUCAUCUUUAUAUAAGUCUUUUUGAAGCAUUUAUACUUUCUACAACUCCAAUAUGGUUGAGAAUUGGUGAUUUAUUUAAUUCAGUAGAAGCAUUAGAUAUGUUUAGAAUUGGUAUAUUUAUAUAUAAUUUAAGUAUUGAAUUUAGUUUCAUCUUUUAUUGGAUUUUGGGGUAGUAUCAUAUUCUUUCAUUAAGCCUUUUAUGAUUUUAAUCGAAAAUUCUUUUUACUUGAAUAAUUGUUACUUAUAAUAAAAGUUAGGCCAGAUUAGAUUGAAUAACUUAAAUUAUUACCAACUAUUAAUUUUAAUAAUAUUACUACAUGGUAAGCAUGGUCAAUGAUGAGAGCUAUUUCAUUUGAUUAUGGUCAAACAUAUAAUUUUAGAACAUAAGGGUUUUAUUCUCUUUGUUUCUUAGGAUUUAUUGUAUUGAUAUUUCUAACAUUAUUACUCAUUUUAGACUUUGUACAUCUUGAUUUAUUUUAACUCAUACUAUUAAGUGAAUUGGCAAUCAUGAUUUUUGGCUUUACUACCUAUUAUCUUUAUUAAGGUGCUAAAUUGAAUACUUAUUUGGAUUAAUGUGAAGUGGCUCUAUAAGAUGUUAAAUCUAUAUAUUAAGAUCUUUUGAGAAUGAAGGACAUCUAUUUUGAAUAAAAAAAAGAACCUUAGAAUUAUAUUCAUAAGAAAUUCAAAUAACUAUUACAAAAAGAAACUCAGAUUGAAGAAAUCAUUAAAUCUAUAAUUCAAGAAUUGGAUGAUAAUAUUAGAAUUAUUUAAUAUGAUUCAAGAAAUAAUCCAUUUAAACUAUAUGGAAUCAAAAUUACUUUUAACUUACUCAAAAGUGCUGCAGUUGGACUUAGUACUAUCUAUAGUUAUUCACUUUAGUAAAGAUUUAUGUAAAUUAAAUGA